AUGAAUUAGUUGUUAACUUUAUUAGGGAAGAAUUUCACUUUACAUUUUAGAUCACGAACAUUUUGGAUUAAUCUUUAUAUUCCAAUAUUAAGCAUACUUAUAUCUUAAGGUCCUUAAAUAAGCUUUUUUGUAUAAUUAUUACCUAUAUUUAUUUGUUUGAAUAACAAUGGAAUUAUCAGAUAAACCAUUUAUUUAUUUGUAUAAGAAAGAACUAAUAAAUCUAAAGAAUUUUAAAUUUAAAUGGGUUUGAAUAUAUUUUCAUAUUAUUCAUCUUGGAUUAUUACUGCUAUUACUUUAAGCUUUGCUAUUUCAUUAAUAUAUUUGAUUCCUUUUUUUAUUAUGGAAUUAAAUAAUGUAGGUUUAGUAACAGUUAAUGCAUUUAUAUUUAUAUAUGGAGAUAUAUUGUAUACUAUAGCAUUAUCAUCUUUCAUGCUUUUCUUAAGUAUAUUUUUUGAAAGUCCACUCAAAGCAAGUGAAUUUUUGAGUCUAUUAAAUGUAAUAUCUUCAUUUGCAUCUUAUGUUAACUUUUAUCCUUAUCCUGAAUAUUCAGUUUUUGGUUAAUUGCCUGCUCUAUUUUUACCUUAAUCAGCAUUUUAAAUGUUGUUGUUCAGUUAAUAUUGGAUUUUUAAUUAAAAUUACGUUUGUUUAAGUAAAGCCACAUAUAUAACAUUUUUAAUAUUCUAAAUAAUAUUUUAUUUGUUUUGUUUUAUUUACUUUGAUCUAAAUAGAGGAAUUCUAAAGAACAAAAUAUGGAAUUGUUUCAAAAAAUAAAAUUAAUUACAUGUGUUUCUUUAAGAAGAAACAUGUGAUUAAACUAAUGGAAAUGGAACUUAAUAACUUUAAAAACCAUUUUUAAAUAUUUAAUAAUAGGAUUAUGAAAUUUAAGGAUAAUCUAUUAUUAAAACAGAAAAUUUAAGUUAUUAAAUUGGAGAAUAAUAAAUUCUAAAGUAUAUUAAUUUAGAUGUUUAUUAAAAUGAAACAUAUUGUUUAGUUGGACCUUAAAAGACAGGUAAAUCAACAUUGAUAAAGAUUCUUUAAGGAUUAAUUUAAAAAACAUCAGGAUAAUAUAAAUUAUUUGGAUAAGAUUUUGAUAAAAAUGCUAAAAAAUAGAUUGGUAUAUGUAUGUAAUAAGAUAUUUUGUAUGAAGAUUUAACAGUAUUAGAGCAUCUUUAAUUUUAUGGGACUAUAAAAGGAAUAGAUGAAGAAUAAUUAAAUAUUUAAAUUAAUAUUAUUCUUAAUAUUUGCUAAUUAAUUGGAGAAAUUAAUUUAAAGGCAUGCAAAUUAAAUGGCUUAAAUUCUAGAAAAUUAUGUUUAGCCAUUUCAAUGAUUGGAAAUCCUUAAGUAUUAUUUUAUGAUGAACCAAGUUAAAAUUUAGAUGCAUAUGGAAAAUAGUAAAUUUGGUAAUUAUUAAAGUAAAUUCGAUUGAAUAGAACAAUAGUAUUUACUAGUUAGUAUUUUGAAGAGGCUGAAAAUAUAGCCAAUAGAAUGGGAGUAUUAUUAAAUGGUUAAAUUGUAGCAUAAGGAACACCAGAGUUCAUUUAAAAUAAUUUUGGUAUUGGAUAUAAUUUGAAUAUGUAAUUUACAGAUGAAAAUCAAUUAUUUAUUGAAAAACCAAAGAUUCAAUCAUAAUUAUAAUAAAUUGAUAGUUUAAUAUAAGCAAUAUAAAGAAAUGAAACAACUAUGUUUUGUGUAUUACCUAUCAAUAAAAUAGAUUCAUUUCAUUAACUAUUUUAUUAUUUAGAAUAGAAUUCUAAAUGUAGCUUCUCUUUAAAAUAUAAUUAAAUAGAUGAUUGUUAUAAGACUAUUGAUUGCUUAGAGAAUUAAGAUAAUCUAGAUUUUAAUGCUCAAGGAAUAUUUCAAUAAUAACCUUAAAUUUAAUUAAAAUGUCAAAUUUAAAGUUUAAUUAAAAGAAAAUUAUUAUUAAUUUUUACUGAAAAAGAAAAAUAACUUAAAUAUAUAUUUUUAUAUUUUUUAAUUACAUUAGCUGUGAUGUUUGGAAUGUUUUCAGCAUUUAGAUUUGUGUUUUUCUAUUUAGGAAUUAAGGCAAUGACAUGUGUUUUAUUUACUGAUUUUUAAUUUGAAGAAAAGAAUACUUAAAUGAAAUAAUUUUUAUUAGCUAGUGGUGUACCUCUUCGUACAUAUUGGAUAAGUACUCUAUUAGCAGAUAUGAUAGUUUCAUUUUUUGAAGGUAUCUAUACUGCAAGUUUAUUAUGGAUUUAUAAUGUUGGCCAUUUUGGAUUUCAUUUUUUUGGUGUUAUCUUGUUAAUAACUUUUUUUGGUUUUUCUUUAAGUUGCUAAGUAAAUUAUUUUAUGCAAAAAUAAAAAUCAGGAAAUUUUAGUUUUGGAAUACCUUUUUUAAGUAUAUUUGUAUUUUAUCUCAUAUUUUUAUGUGUUAUGUUAGGAAUAGCAUAACCAGGAUUAACUCCUAGUGUAUCUCUUUUAGCUAUGUUGAUGAUGAUAGUUUCACCAUAUAUGGCAUGUUAUAUUGGAUUUGGAAUGAGUCCAAGUCUACUGAACUUAGCUAUUUUUGGUUAUUGGUCUUGUCUAUUAUUUUUAUUAAUUGGAGGAGUCUUUUAUUUUUUAAUUUUAGUUACUACAGAAUCUAAAUAACACAAUUAAAUAGAAUAAGAAAUGCAUGAUACAAAUGCUGUAAUCGAUUUAUAAGAUGUUCAGUGGAAAUAUGGAACUAUUGUAACAAAAGAGAAGAUAAAUAUGUAAAUUAAUAAAUAAGAGAUAUUUGGAUUAGUAGGACCUAAAAAUGCUGGAAAAACUUAAUUGAUUAAUUUAAUUAAUAAUUAUGAUAAACCUGUUAAUGGAAAAAUAAGAAUACGAGAUUAAUAUACUCAUGUUGGUUUAGCACCUCAAUAUUCAAUUUUCAAAUCAUUACUAACUGUAUAAUAAAUGUUAGAAUUCUUUGGUAAUAUCAAAGGAUAAUAAAAUCUUAAUUAAAGUAUUGAUGUAUUUUUAAAAGCUUUUGAUAUAUUUGAUAUUAAAUAAAAAUAAAUUCAAUAUUUGAAUGAAAUUGAAAUAAAGAAACUUCAUUUAGGUAUGGCUUUGAUGGGAGGUUCAAAUAGAUUAUUUUUAGAUGAAAUACUAUAAGGAUUGGAUCUGAAAUCUAGAAGAAAGGUUUCAUAAAUAAUUUAAUAAACUUCUAUUAACAAUGAGGCUGCUAUUUUAUUAACAACUUAAUCAAUUUCAGAUGUUUUAUUUAUUUGUAAUAGAAUUGGAAUUUUUAUUAAUGGAGUUUUAAUUGCUUAAGGAACAAUUAAUGAUCUAUAAGAAUAACUUGGAAAACAUGCCAGAUUUAGUGUAAGAACUAUAGUUGGAUACAAAGAAUAGACUCAUGCUAUUAUAUGCUAGACAUUACAAUAAUUAUAAUUUCAUAUCUAACCAAUAUUUGAUGUAAGAGAAAAGUAAAUAUUAAUUUAAUAAAUAUAGUUUUUUAUCUUAUAUGAUUCCAGCUUCAUAAUUUAGGAUGUCAAGUCUCUUUUCAUUUCUGUAGUUAGAACUCAAAUUCAAAAGUCAGCUGAUAACUGAAUUUCAAAUUUAUGAACCAAACUUAGAACAAACCUUUGAAUUCUUUGCCACCUAAUAAAUGAUGAUCUUGAAACCUCAUCUUUUAAAUUAUAAUAUUUAGGAGGAUUUCAUUUAAGGGUUUGGACUUAGAUCGUUGACAGCUAUGUUUUGUAUUUUCUGGUGA